CUAGUGGACGGUUCUUCAGAAACAGCUCGUCAACCACCUCCAUAGCUUGCUAGCCAACAUAGCCGAAAGAUUCAAGAUAUUUAUACGCUUUCGGUGUAUAUUAGCUGAUGUGUUUUAGACACACUUCUGUUGUAUCUACUUGUUAACGUAUUUAAUUUAAUAUUACGUUAUUUUGUAUUAGUCAGCUAUAGCAGUUGGCUGGUUAAGUUAGCACUAGCCUAGUCGCUAAUGAUAGCUAGAUAACAUCCCCGACCAUGAGCUCCCUAAACUUCUCCCCUCCUGUUAAAGAAGAGGAGAUCUGCUGGACGGAGAAAGAAGCUCUGGGGCUGAACAUUGUGGUGAAAGAGGAGAAGGAAGAGGAUGUCACAGUUAAAAAAGAAGUAGAGGGUGAGUCUGUUACAGUGAAAGAAGAAGAGAAAGACGUUUCAGUGAAAGAAGAGGAAGAUGCGUUCAGAGUGAAAGAGGAGGAGGACGGGAAAGAGGAUGUAGUUUUUGGAGUGAAGAUGGAAGGGGAGAUUACUGUCAUAUUGAAAGAUGAAGAGGUGGAGAUAGGAGAUCUGAUUAACACCAGAGAGAGAUGUGACCAUCGUGGAUCCUCUGGGGAGCCUCAACAACCUCAUGAUGCUGACGAGGCAGAGAAGAGUCUCUACAGAUCAGAACUCCUCCAGAAACACCAGCAGAGACCCACCGGGAAGAUAUCUAACUGCUGCUCUGAUUGUGGGUUAUAUUUCUCAAUACCAAAUUCACUAAAAGAACACCUGAGAAUACACAUUGGAGUGAAAUCUCACUGCUGCUCUGACUGUGUGAAGAGAUUCAACUCUUCAUCAGACCUUAAAAUGCAUCAACGAAUUCACACAGGAGAGAAAUCUUACAGCUGUGAUCAAUGUGGGAAGAGUUAUACUACAUCUAGCAAUCUAACUAUACACCAGAGAACACACAAAGGAGAUAAACAAUAUAGCUGUGAUCAAUGUGGGAAGAGUUUUGGUGCAUAUCAAUGUCUGACUAGACACCAGAGAACACACACAGGAGAGAAACCUUAUAGCUGUGAUCAAUGUGGGAAGAGUUUUGGUGCAUAUCAAUGUCUGACUUUACACCAGAGAACACACACAGGAGAGAAACCUUAUAGUUGUACUCAAUGUGGGAAGAGUUUUUCAAGAUCUAGCUGUCUAACAAAACACCAGAGAACACACACAGGAGAGAAACCUCAUAGCUGUAAUCAAUGUGUGAAGAGUUUCUCUACAUCUAGCUAUUUAAAGAUACACCAGAGAACACACACAGGAGAGAAACCUUAUAGCUGUAAUCAAUGUGGGAAGAGAUACUAUGAUAAAUGGUCUCUGAUUAGACAUCAGAAAAUACAUGGAGUUGUUUCAUGAUAUCAAUGAAAUAAUGUCACAAUGUAGAAUGUUGUAACAUUGUAGUAGAGGUAUUUUAAUAAUGUCACAAUGUAGAAGCCUAAACGUUUCCCCCUGUUCUAUUGAUUUCAGCAUGAUCUGGAUAUUAGCCUCAGGGGAAAAUCCAGGCUCUGAAUUGAAAGAGUACUAUUUAUGAGAUUUAACAAAAAGAGCUGUGUUACACUUACCGCGUUGGUGACCCACUUCAAUCAUAAUGCAACACUUCAAAAUGUAGCUAGCUGUUUGUUUUCUUCAAGUUAUCCUCUAACCAGGGAUGUACACAUUAUUCCCAGAUUCUGUGUAGUUUUUGAGCUGUUCGUUUUAACAGGACGUGCAACCUCAUCUCCCUCCUCUCGGCACAAUUGAUUUCAACAUGAUAUCGAUGAGUGAUGACAAAUAAGUGUUGCGUUCCUUUGUUUAGCGACCCCUAACUUUAAAUGCAUCACUGUUGCCCUGCUUUCAGAAUAUCAGGGUUCAUUCUCAGAUGUGCCAACCAAAAUGUACUAGAGCAUGACAUUGGGGACUGGGCCCCGAUCCAACAACAUGACUAUCUAGUGAACCUUGAAAAGAGAGAGAAGCUCCGCAGUGAGGUGGAAAGUUACUAUGGAUAUUUCAUUAGUUUCCUCUUGAAAUCAGACAUGUCUGUGGUAAGGACAACUUGGUUGCUGAUUGUUUCAAGGGUGAGAAGUCAAAAAUAUUUGUGUUUUGCAUUUAACCA